CGGGAUUGGAGAGCUAUGGUUGGUAAUGGUGGUAGUCUUCAUCGUCGGCAGCAGUGUUGAACAGGCCGUUGCCGGUCGGAAUCCCGUUCGACAGUCGUGGGUUUGUCGGAGGCUGGACUGUCCCGACUACAGGACUGUUUAUGAAGGGCCCAACUUUGAAGUCCGACAGUAUGAGCCUGCCACGUGGCUGGUCACACAUCCUGUCACAACCUUCUCGUUCGAGACUGCCACGUUUGUUGGCCUCCGUCCGAUCUUAGACUACAUCCAGGGGCAUAACUGCAAUUGGACACUCGUCCCAAUGACGGCGCCACUGGUUACUUCUGUGGUCCUAGGGGCGGGCCCAUUUGCCUCCUCGGGGUUCCAGGUCCUGUUUCUGGUCCCCAAAAGCUUGGCCGACAAUCCUCCGGUUCCCUUAGCGGACUCAGGUUUGGUAGUGGAUCGGUGGAAGGGAAGGCGAUGUAUGAUUGUGAGGAAGUUUUCCGGAUUCGCUAAGGACAGAAGCGUAUUGACGGAGGCGGCGGCGCUGGCCGCAGCUCUUCCUGGAACGAAUUGGGAGCCAGUUCUGGACCAGGUGCGGACGAAGGGCGACUCGGCGUAUUCCAUAGCGCAGUACGACCCCCCGUUCGAGAUUUUCCAGCGGAUGAACGAGGUGUGGGUAAAUUUUCAAGCAGUGGAUGCUGAGGAAGAAUAUAGCCAAUGCUUGCCGGACGUGGAGCCUCCUCCCGUACCUCCUACCCCACCUAGCACCGAGUCUCCUGCCGAAGCUGAUCUCUUGCAGAUCAAUUUCCGAUAAAGCACACGCGGUUCCUCCCAAGCACACACACGCGCACACACACACACACACACACACACACACACACACACACACACACACACACUUCAACCUCCUGAUGCGUCCGUGAAAGAAAGACGAAACAGUCUGUUCGGUACAGUCAUGCUUUUUUUGAGUGUAUAGCGAAUAUGACAUCACACACACACACACAGAGAGAGAGAGAGAGAGAGAGAGAGAGAGAGAGAGAGAGAGAGAGAGAGAGAGAGAGAGAGAGAGGUCCUCUUCUAACGUUUGCAACGAGGCUGGCUGUAGAUAUUCCCGAAGUGUAUGUGUUGCGGCGGCUGAGUUUCUCAGAAGCCACCCGUACCUCCUCCUUCUGAACGUAAGGUCUUCCGCUAGAACAUGGGAAGGGGAAGAUACACCGCCAUAUUUUUUCUUCUGUAGUGUUGGGGGAGGGGGGGGGCGGGAGGGGGGUUAGGAGGAUGAGAAUAUUCUACAGUGGACGGAUUACAUAGCAGAAGAAGAAGUUUGUGGAUGGAAUUGUGGAUAUAGGGGGGCUCACUCCACUAUUGAGCACAUGUGCAAAAAAUGAGAGAAUGAAUCUUCGGCUAGAACAUGGGUAGAUACACCGGCAUAUUUUUGUCUUUUAUGAAAGUUCCUAUUAGGGGAUAUAGUUGUGCAUACUCGGAUCGGAUCAGAUCGGAUCGGAUCGGAUCGGAUCGGUUUGGAUUGGAGAGUGGAUGGGAUCAAUGCUGAGGGUCGUUGCUUGAGGGGGUUUGUAAUAAUUUUAAAUGUACGAGGGGGUUUGUAAUAAUUUUCAAUAAUUUUAAAUGUGCUGAGGGACUUUUACCAAGUUUUUAGGUAAUGCUAGACUAAGUAUGUUUCUGGAUGUAAUUGAGGCCAAGUUCAUCGAGGUGCUGCCGUAAUUGUGGUCAGAUAGAUUUAAGAAAGUGCUAGUGUGAGUUUGCCCUAAGUGCUUGAGGGUUCAUAAUUUUUUUUUUUUUUACGGCAGUAAAUUAUAUGACAGGAU